CUGGUUGCUGGCUGGUUACUUUGCACAAGUGAGGAAUGCAAUCAUGCAGGAUCUCAACGCUUUUUGUUGCUGUUAGCAGAAUCGCCACAUUCACCCUAAUUAAUUCAUUACACAGUUGCUUUCAAAACAAGUUUGGUUGCUAAGAGAAUUGAGAACUGGAGUGGGUUAACUCAUUUCUGUUUUUUUUUUUAAUUUAGUGUAGUAAUAGAUUAAAAAACCCCAACAUAAUUGAUAUCUAUGACCUCCAGGGGACAGUAUAAAACAUUUACUAAGAUUAAAAAGAAAAAGAUCUCAAUAAAAUGAGCAUUGGUGUCAUCUAAGGUGUACCUAAUAUUGUGGCUAGUUAGAACUUGUUUGAUUGGGUGGCAUCCAGAAAUGUGUUGUUCUAUUUUUAAAAGUUUCGAUCAAGGGUUUGGGUUAUUUUUAAACAAUGUUUAAAAAAAAAAAGAGAGAGAUUGAAAAACGAGAAAAGAACUGACAGAGUGCGUAAGAAGACAAUAGGAGCAUCUCCGACAUCGCACCCUAUCUCGCACUUCCACGGCCCUGCGGCCCCGCCCUCUUCUCCUCCGCUCUUUGGUUGCCAUGACGAUGACGUCAUCUUGCACCACCGCUUUCCUCCAGUAGAAGCGUUGCGAGAGGGAGGAGUCGCAUCCAUCUCAGAAAGAAACAGACGUCGAUUGAGCAGCCGUGAGCCCUCGUCGUUUCUCUUCUCCUUCAUCUUCUCGAAUCUUCCACGUCCCACAUCUCAAAAUGCGUGAGAUUGUCCACCUUCAAGCCGGCCAGUGCGGAAACCAGAUCGGCGCCAAGUUCUGGGAGGUGAUUAGUGACGAACACGGCAUUGAUCCCACCGGAACGUACCAUGGCGACAGUGACCUGCAGCUGGACAGGAUCAGCGUGUAUUACAACGAAGCCAGUGGUGGGAAAUAUGUUCCCCGUGCCAUCCUGGUGGAUCUGGAGCCAGGAACAAUGGAUUCCGUCAGAUCUGGACCCUUUGGUCAGAUUUUUAGACCUGACAACUUUGUGUUUGGUCAGAGCGGAGCCGGCAACAACUGGGCCAAGGGCCACUACACGGAGGGAGCCGAGCUGGUAGACUCGGUCCUGGAUGUGGUUAGGAAGGAGGCGGAGAGCUGCGAUUGCCUUCAGGGCUUCCAGCUCACGCACUCCCUGGGCGGCGGCACCGGUUCUGGCAUGGGCACACUCCUCAUUAGCAAAAUCCGCGAGGAGUACCCGGACCGCAUUAUGAACACCUUUAGCGUGGUGCCCUCGCCCAAAGUGUCCGACACGGUGGUGGAGCCGUACAACGCCACCCUGUCGGUGCAUCAGCUGGUAGAAAACACGGACGAAACGUACUGCAUUGACAACGAGGCGCUCUACGACAUCUGUUUCCGCACGCUGAAGUUGACCACGCCCACUUAUGGAGAUCUCAACCAUUUGGUGUCGGCCACCAUGAGCGGAGUCACCACCUGCCUGCGGUUCCCCGGUCAGCUCAACGCUGACCUGCGCAAGCUAGCCGUCAACAUGGUGCCGUUCCCCCGCUUGCACUUCUUCAUGCCAGGCUUCGCCCCUCUCACCAGUAGGGGGAGCCAACAGUACCGCGCCCUCUCCGUCCCUGAGCUCACCCAGCAAAUGUUCGACGCCAAGAACAUGAUGGCGGCGUGCGACCCGCGCCACGGCCGCUAUUUAACCGUCGCCGCCGUCUUCCGCGGCCGCAUGUCGAUGAAAGAGGUGGACGAGCAGAUGCUGAAUGUGCAAAACAAGAACAGCAGCUACUUUGUGGAGUGGAUCCCUAACAACGUGAAGACGGCCGUGUGCGACAUCCCGCCACGCGGCCUGAAGAUGGCCGCCACUUUUAUCGGCAAUAGCACGGCUAUCCAGGAGCUCUUUAAGCGCAUAUCAGAGCAGUUCACCGCCAUGUUCCGCCGUAAGGCUUUCCUGCAUUGGUACACGGGCGAGGGCAUGGACGAGAUGGAGUUCACCGAGGCCGAGAGUAACAUGAACGACCUCGUGUCAGAGUACCAGCAGUACCAGGACGCCACCGCCGAAGAGGGCGAGUUUGAAGAGGAGGGCGAGGAAGAGGGCGCCUAAAAAAAACUCCCCAACUCCUCAACCAACCUAUCUAACAUUCACUAACCAUUUCACCUCAACAUUCCAUCUUAGUUCCACUUCGCGCUGGUGUUUUGUUAGACGUUAGCUGUUUUCGGAAACACUCAGUAAUGUUUACAGAUUUGCAGCUCAGUUAAAAUACAGUAAUUAUUUGGGUUCGGAAUUAUUCACUGAUUGGGUCGUACAUGCUCCGCUACAAAAUCCGUGUACUAAAUGGCCGGUGGUUUGAGCCCAUUGGUAGAAUAAAGUACUGAGUAGUUUCGAACUCAGCCGUUGUGUUAGCGACGCUAGUGAAGGUUACGCUUGUGGUUUUAAGCUAAGUUGUUAAAGCACUGAUUCAACCCGCACAUUUGCCCCCCCCCCUCCCCGCCCCACCAUUGUUUCCAAGCAAGCGAGUUUCAACUGUGAAGCAUUUCCAUUGGAGAAGCAUUAAAAACAAAAUCUGACUCAAAAGCCGCUUAUAGCGUCCUUGUGUCUUUAUCGUGUCGUUUGCCGCUUUCCACCAUUUUAUUCAUUGAAUUUAAAAUAUUUAAUAUUACUUUUU